AUUAAAUUAAGUUUACUGAUUAGUAAAAUAUUGUGAUAAAUAAUUAUGAUAUAAAUAAUUUUUAAAUAAUAAAUUAUUUACCUUUCACAGUGAUCAUAAACUUAAAUAACGUGAAUAUUUAGUGACAGUAGAUAACAAAGAAGUUUCAGGUAUGACAGAGUCGAGAACAGAGUUCAAACUAAAAAAUCCCCCAGAAGAUGGGAUAUCAUCUGUCAAGUUUGGCCCAAACUCGUCCCAGUUCCUGCUGGUGUCUUCGUGGGACGACUCUGUCCGUCUGUACGAUGUCCUCACCAACAACUUGAGGCUGAAGUACACCCAUGAUCAAGCCGUGCUGGACGUGUGUUUUCAGGAUGCCGUCCAUUCGUACAGUGGGGGAUUGGACUGCACUCUGAAAAUGUACGACUUCAACAGUAACUCAGAGACCAUCGUGGGCACGCACGAUGAUGCCAUCAGGGCGGUAGAGUACUCGCCGGAGGUGAACGGCAUCCUGACGGGCAGCUGGGACUCCACCGUGAAGCUGUGGGACCCCCGCAGCCCGCGGAACGUGGGGACCUACACGCAGCCCGACAAGGUGUACACAAUGAGCCUGUGCGGGGAGAAGUUUGUGGUUGGCACUGCCGGCCGGAAGGUGUUCGUGUGGGACCUGCGGAACAUGGGGUUCGUGCACCAGCGCCGGGAGUCCAGCCUCAAGUACCAGACCCGGUGCAUCCGCUGCUUCCCGAACAAGCAGGGUUAUGUUCUCAGUAGCAUCGAAGGCCGUGUUGCGGUAGAGUACUUGGACACCAGUCCAGAAGUACAGAAGAAGAAAUAUGCUUUCAAGUGCCACAGAAUUAAGGACGGAGGCAUUGAAAACAUUUACCCUGUCAAUGCCAUCAGUUUCCACAACGGCUACAACACCUUUGCAACAGGAGGUUCCGAUGGUUAUGUGAAUAUUUGGGAUGGGUUCAAUAAGAAGCGUCUGUGCCAGUUCCAUCGCUACAACACUUCCAUUGCAUCCUUGUCAUUCAGCAGUGAUGGUACAGUUUUAGCCAUUGCCUGCUCUUACAUGUACGAGCAAGAGACACAUCCAGAUCCAAUGCCAGAAAAUAAUGUUUUCAUACGCUACGUAACAGAUCAAGAAACAAAACCAAAAUAAUCUUUUUCUUAAAAACAUAUAAUUUGUUGAAAACAAAAAUGGAAACUUUUUUUCAGUGCGAUUUGCUCAACCAACUUUUGUACCAAUAGUAAUGUGUGUGAUAUGUGGUUAUGUGUGAAUGUUUCUGUUGAAUAAUUUAUGAUAAAUAUGAUGUAUGUAUGUUGACUAAUAUAUUUUUAAUGAUUUUGGUGUAUAUUUUUUACUAUAAAAAAUAUUGUCAGCAUAUGUAUUUUUAAAUGAGAUAAAUAUCUGUAUCGUACUGGAAUUCAUAUUUUUUCUUUGAAAAUUUUUUCAUUUAUUUAAUAAAUAUGUUUUGCUUCAGUAUGGUCAGUGGCCUUAUGCUAUAGAAAUUAAAACUUCUGUAUGCUACUCAAUGUUUAUGACUUGCAAGAAAGUUGAAAAACUGUUAUAUUUGACUUUUUUUUAAUGCUUUUGUUUGAAAUCAUAGAAGUGAAGAAUAAGUAAAACUAAAAUGA